GUUCCAUUUUCAUUUCUCUCUCUCUCAUCUCUCGAUAACGAAAGGUUUCGAUUUCUCAAUUCUUAUCGAUUAAGAACAAAUCUUAUCGAUUUACGAUUACCUUUCUUCCGAUUGAUCUUAAUUCAUUUUCUGAAUCUGAAUAUAAAAUUCUUUGGAAGGAGGAAGAAAUCUCAGGUUCUAACAGGGAGAAUGGGUUCUGAACAAAAUGAUAGCACAAGCUGCACACAAUCAUCAGAGCCGAAGCUGUGUGCAAACGGAUGUGGUUUCUUUGGUUCACCAUCAAACAUGGAUCUGUGUUCGAAAUGUUACAGAGACAUAUGCGCAGAGGAAGCUCAAACAGCUGUUGCAAAAGCUGCUGUUGAGAAAUCUUUCAAACCAUCACCUCCUCCUACCCUCUUCAUAGCAGAGCCUGAUGUGGCCAAGCCAUCUCAACCAGAGAAAGUUGUAGCUGUUCCUGUUGUUGCCGAGCCAUCUGAAGCUACAGUUCCUGAACAGAACGAACCAUCUAAACUUGCACGACCGAACCGGUGUCUAUGUUGCAACAAGAAGGUUGGGAUACUUGGGUUUAAAUGCAAAUGCGGGAGCACUUUCUGUGGGGAACAUCGGUACCCUGAGAGACAUGAUUGCAGCUUUGAUUUCAAAGAAGCUGGGCGUGGAGAGAUUGCAAAAGCCAAUCCGGUUAUUAAGGCUGAUAAAGUUCAAAGGUUCUGAAACUUUUAUGUUUGGUGUUGGUCUCUUUUAUUUGAACUCAGAAUUGUAUUUGAACUGGAAUUGGGUUUUUUAAUAGAUUGUUUUCAAAGGGGGGUAAGAUGAUGAAUUUGAUUCUAUAAUAAACUGGAUCUAUCGAGUUUGGUUAUCUUUGUCUCAAUCAUCUCUAAUGUUUGAAUUUAUUUGUUUAAAAGCUAGUGGUCAGACCAUGGUUCUGUUUCAAGAUUAUUCAGGUACGGAUUAUAAUCUUGAGAGGAACUUGCCGAACCAAUUUGUCAAAUCAUACUUUGGUCAAGUUGGACUUUGAUUAGAGAAUCAGUUGAAAUAGUUGUGUCAAUACAAAAUUUAGAGUAUUAUAAAGUAUUGACAAAUCAACUAUGUUUUAUUUAAGAAAAC